GUUUCCGUGACCCUAUUCCAGUCCAGGGACAAGAAUCCACAGGGACCAACAGUGUUUCCCAAUCAACUGAUGAGGUUUUGCACCCGUUUGUCCUAGUAAAUGAUGAUCUUCGGAAACAUUUCUUGUCCACUCUCAAAUCUUAUCGCCAGAGGGAGUUCGUCCUCGAUGCACAUGUUGUCCCCAGAUCAUUUUUUAAGGAUAUGCUUACUCCUCACCAUUCUGUCCACCAAGAGCACAUCGAUGCCAUGCUAAGCCUGUUGGCUCGGAGGUUUGGGGAUACUUUGGUCCAGAGUAGGUCUGCCAUACUUGAUUCAUGGUUUUCGAUUACCCUUAGCGAACUCUAUUCUCGUUUCAAGAAGUCCAAAAGUAAAUCUGAGUGGCCGUGGAACAGUAAGAUACGGGACUACGUCAGGGGUAUAGUCCCUGGCCGAUUCACGAGACAGGCUUGGUUUUCUGAUGUCGACACUCUGUACGCGCCUUUACAUCUGUCUGGGGGCCACUGGGCUGCGCUUGUCAUAGAUCUGAAAGAGGGUACCAUAGGUGUUCUUGACCCUAACGUGGCUGCCAAAACCGACAAACAGAUGGGCGUGCUCAUGAAACCUCUCGUUGUGUUGCUUCCUUUUAUCAUCAAAUCACUUGUCCCCCAAGAUGUUCUCUGCAAUCAUCAAGUUCCCCCUGAGUUCGCCUUUGAUCGUCUUCCUGAGAUCUUUCAAAGCGAACAUGAAGACGAAAGCGGCACGCUUGCUAUGAAGUACAUUGAGCUUCAUUUCCAAAACAUUAGUCACGACAGCAUAACUGAAGAACUUGUGGAGAAUAUCCGGAUGAGAUUUGCUGUCGACAUCUUCGAGGAGUUUGUUCAGCCUCUCCGGCUGUGAUCCCCCUUUCAAUAUUUCUGCUUAAGAACUUAUGUCUUUUUGUAAUAAUUAUUUACUCUUCUUGGAUGCUACUUGGAUGCUUAGGAACUAAAUAUUUUUAAACUGCUAUCUAUUUAGGAACUACUUGGAUA